GUGCAAGCGACAAGCAGAGUCAGGAAAAGAAAGGCUGAAAGUCAAGAUAAUGAACGCCUCACCAAAAGGCUGAGCUUGCUCAAUCUUGAGCGCAAUGGCGAGAGGCUCUAUGUACCAGUUGGACAGACGACCAACAACAACAAUGUAUCCCCACCCUCGAAAAUCAAGGCGCCGCCGCGGAUUCGAGACGAUAAUGUAAUGCAAUUAGAUGAUACGAAGCACAAGGUCUACAUACAUGACCUCGAUGCCGAGUUGUCAGACAGCGAAUCCUCCGACGAGGGCAAGCUUGUCUUCCUCCCUGAUAUCGAGAAGCAUCUGCGCGAAUCACGGAUACCACCCUCGAUCCUCGCAAAUAAAGAGGGCGAGCUGGCAGGAAACAAUCAACUGGUCCUGUAUAACGUCCCGAGCUCUUUGACCGUACCUAAAGAGCAAGAUAGCGUGAGAAAAGCAAUCAUUGAAGCAAGGGCGCGACUCCGAGCAAAGCAAGGCCUGAACGAG